UGGAUAUUGGAUAUUGAAUUAAAUGUUGGGUGAACUCGGGGAUAUCACAAAUGUUCGCGUUGCCCUCUCAGGUAGUUGUGGAUUCGCUUUCUGAUGUAUCGUCAAGCGAUGAAGAGAAGGAGACCAAUAACUAUAAUAUUAGCAGUUCGGAUGAUGAAAUACCUAUCCCGUCUCAACGUUUUGUACCUGUGAGCUUGACAGAGGUUUUGAGGAAAAGAAACAAAGUGUUAGAAAUCUCGAUAUUCUAACAUUCUUUUCCAGUGCUAAGGUUCUGUAUAACAGCAGUAAAAUAUUGCCAAAGUAUUGGAAACGUAGGUAUGAUCUUUUUGAAAGAUUUGACGAAGGUGUCCAGCUUGAUGAAGAAUCGUGGUAUAGUAUUACACCGGAGGCUAUUGCUCGUUAUCAAGCCAAAAUGUGUGCAUGCGAUUUACUCGUGGAUGCUUUUGCAGGAGUUGGGGGAAAUACAAUCCAAUUCGCUCAAACUUGUGGUCUCGUUUUAGCCCUUGAACAUUGCUUCCCACGCUUGUUAUUACUACAAAACAAUGCACGAAUCUACGGUGUUCUCUCGAAGAUUAUGAUUGUUUGUGGAGAUGUCGAAAGAGUAUUGAACAGCUUAAGGAGUGUAUCAUCCUCUACCGAUUGUUUUGUAAAUCAUACCUCAAAUGUGCAGAGUUCAAGAGAGCAAUAUACAGCUGACAGUUUGGAAAUGUCUCCAUGUUUAGUUAAAAAUCCAAAUUUAAAUUUACAAGUGAAUGGCGAACAGUCUGUUAAUUCACCUGAAACAUCAUUUGUCUUAGACGAUGAUGUUUCACAGUCGGAACAUCCACAUUCACCGCAAGUCAAUAAUCCAGAACCCCAGCUACAACUUGGUUCAGAUUUAAAUGAAGACGAAAAGCCUAUUUUAAACAUAUCAGCAGAAAAACCAGUUACUUCGUCUCUUAAUCCACUUAUUGAUAUCGUCUUCAUGUCUCCACCAUGGGGUGGUCCUGGCUAUAUUGGAACAGUCUUCCCGCCUGGUUCCAGCAGUUGGAACAGACGUAAACGUAAACACUGGCUAGACGACGUAGAAGAAAUUGAACCUACUAAAAAUCUUGAAGAUAUUGUAUGCCUGAAUAUAGCAAUGAAUGUUGCUCGACAUGUGUGCAGUAGACUUUUAGUGUAUUUGCCAAGAAAUUCUUCUAUAGGUCAGUUGAUUCAAAUGAGUUGGCCAUUAACGGAAGGAUCGUGUAGUGAACGUCAUGGGGAUUGUUGUUCUUGUAAACAAUAUCUUAAUGUACACAUUGAAACUUAUUGCUUACGUGGUAGACAGUUAGCUCUUGGAUUGUACUUGGGUGACUUUCCGUUUGUUGAAGAGGAUACUAUUGUACAUAAUAAAUCUGUUUGAGCAAUCAGUGUUUGCUGUACUGAGUGGUUGAAUUUGUUAAACCACGAUGAAUGAAUUUGUGUGUUACCUCUCAUAAAGAGUCUCAUCUGUUUUGUCAGCUAAUGGUGCUAUUCGGUUGCAAAACCCUGGGGAGGCACCGUGUUACUUCGAACUACCACCUAAUUAUUAAAAGUUGAGUAUCUGAAUCAAUAAACUACAGCUAAUUGACCGUAACUAAUAUUUCUUAUUUACAGACACAUUGAAACAAAAUGC